CAAACAACCGAUAUAUGCUAGCCAUUGUCGAGCGUCGCGAUGGUAUCACCACUCGAGAGUGACGAGAAUAUAUUCGAACGGCUGAAGCAGAAGUCGACCGAUCCGAAGGUGCUAGAGGAGCAGCAGCAGGCUGUUAAUGAGAGAAUAAAUGCGAUAUAUCAAAAAGCCCAGUCCCGGCUCGCUGAAUUGAUUGACCAAAAUUCCACGCUACCAUGUACCAUCUCGUCCGUCCAAGUCCUCAAUGCGAACAACACAAGGAGAGGGUUCCUGGAAAAAGUCCUCAGCCCGCUCUUGAGCGCAAAUAAUGACCGCCCGUAUACCCUCUCGGAAGCCCUGUCAGAAAUCUCGAUAUGCACGGAUAAACUUAGUCGAUUUGACAUCUUCGAACACCCCAUCUCCGUCUUCCUCGACAAACCUUCCCAAACCGACCCAUCUACAACUCCCACGGAUCUCGAAGUCUACCUCUCCGUCAAAGAGAAGUCUCGCAUCCUGCUAAAGACAGGCACGGAUCUCGGAAAUGCAGAAGGAUCCGCCUAUGCCAACUUUAUGUGGCGGAAUAUCUUUGGUGGCGCCGAGUCUCUGAAUGUCAACGCUUCGCUCGGCACCCGGACCAGAUCGGCCUACCAAGCCGCAUUCGACACUCCUAUCCUCAGCAACCCGGACUUCAGGUGUGAAAUCGGCGGGAUUGGUAGUUCAACGGAGAAGAGCUGGGCUAGUCACGAAGAGGUGGUCAAAGGAGCCUGGACGAAGCUCCGUUGGCUGAGCCCGUCCGGGCACAGACAUGAACUGGGCUACAAUGGGUUCUGGAGACAAGUGACCGGCCUGUCUACGGACGCCUCGCCAACUGUUCGUGGGGAUGCGGGCGAUAGCGUCAAGAGCAGCAUCUCCCACACAUGGGUCAACGACAGGCGUGAUAACCCCCUCCUUCCCUCGCGAGGAUUUUACACGAGGACCUUCAACGAGGUGGCUGGAUUGGGUCCGCUUAAGGGGGAUGUAUCGUUCUGGAAAUCAGAGCUGGAAGCCCAGGGAGCGGUGCCAAUUCCCAUCCCCGGAGUGAAAGGGGACAGCGGCAUCAGCUUGACCACAGGUUUCCGUGCUGGUAUCCUCUACCCACUAGGCCUAGAUGCGACUCAGAAGCCUCAACUUUCCCGUAUCAACGAUCGCUUCCAGCUGGGUGGCCCGACCGAUGUACGCGGCUUUAGACUCGCGGGUAUCGGCCCACGGGAAGGCCCCGACGCAUUAGGGGGAGACGUUUUCGCGGCGGGUAGUGCAAAUCUCCUGUUCCCUUUGCCUCGAGUUGGGGCGGAAAAACCACUACGGCUGCAAGCUUUUGUAAACGCAGGCCGCCUUCUACCGCUGAAGACGCAGGAUAGGAAACUACCGUCGACGCAAGGGGAGGUUAGAGAUAGCAUGGUGGCGACCGUGUCGGAACUAGGGAAUGGAUUACCAAGCAUGGCCGCUGGUCUGGGACUCGUAUAUGCGCAUCCUGCUGCGAGGUUUGAGUUGAAUUUCUCUUUGCCCCUUAUCCUGCGACGGGGAGAGGAGGGGAGAAAAGGGUUGCAAUUCGGGAUUGGGAUUAAUUUCCUAUAACAAAAGAGAAAGGAUAGAUGUAUAUGUAUAGUAAAGUAUUAAAGGAAUAAUAGAAAGGGGAUAAA